AUGAAGUCGUUCCAGGUGAUGCCGAUUCUCUUUGUUUUACUGCUGCAAUCAUUGCCCUCAGAAGGAAAGGAUCCAGCUUUUACUGCGUUGUUAACCAACCAACCACCAGUUCAAAGAGAAAUUGUAAAUAAACACAAUGAACUGAGGAGAUCAGUUAACCCCACUGCCAGCAACAUGCUAAAAAUGGAAUGGAGCAUACAAGUGACAGGAAAUGCUCAAAAGUGGGCUAAUAAGUGUACUUUAGAACAUAGUAAAGCCGAAGACCGAAAAAUCAAAACAAGAUGUGGUGAGAAUCUCUAUAUGUCAAGUGACCCUACUUCCUGGUCAACUGUAGUUCAAAACUGGUAUGAUGAAAGUGAAUAUUUUACCUACGGUGUAGGAGCAAAACCCAAUACAGCAGUUGGACAUUUCACUCAGGUUGUUUGGUAUUCAUCUUACAAAAUUGGCUGUGGAGUUGCUUACUGUCCUAACCAAGAUACCCUAAAAUACUUCUAUGUUUGCCAAUACUGUCCUGCGGGCAACAAUGCGAUGAAAAAGAACACUCCUUACCUCCAGGGGGCGCCUUGUGCUAGCUGUCCCAAUAACUGUGACAACGGACUGUGCACCAAUAGCUGUGAGUAUGAAGAUCACCUUAGUAACUGCGAGUCCUUGAAGAGCUCAGCAGGCUGUGAUCAUGAGGUGCUCAAGGAAAAGUGCCAGGCUACCUGCCUGUGUGAAGACAAAAUUCAUUAA